UCGCUAUCCAUCAGGAGGUUUUAGGUUGCCAAGAUUUGGAGUUAGGUGGGCAGGAUCGGAAGGAUCUAGAAGCUUCGGUUGGUGUGUUGGGCGCUCCCUUGCCGUCCCCGGUGACGAUGGCGGUCCUCGCGAGGUCGGCCGCCGCGGUGGCCGCGCUCGCGCUGCUCGCGUCGGCCGUCGCCGGCGAGGUCUUCUUCCAGGAGAAGUUCGACGACGGAUGGGACUAUCGGUGGGUCAAGUCGGAGUGGAAGAAGGAGGACAACACGGCCGGCGAGUGGAACCACACCUCCGGCAAAUGGAACGGAGACGCCGACGACAAAGGCAUCCAGACGUCGGAGGACUACAGGUUCUACGCCAUCUCGGCGCAGUACCCGGAGUUCAGCAACAAGGACAAGACCCUGGUGCUGCAGUUCUCGGUCAAGCACGAGCAGGACCUUGACUGUGGCGGCGGCUACGUCAAGCUCCUCCCCGCCGACGUCGACCAGAAGAAGUUCGGCGGCGAGACCCCAUACAGCAUCAUGUUUGGGCCGGACAUCUGCGGGUACGCCACCAAGAAGGUGCACGCGAUCCUCACCAAGAACGGCAAGAACCACCUGAUCAAGAAGGAGGUGCCCUGCGAGACGGACCAGCUCACGCACGUCUACACCUUGAUCCUCCGGCCCGACGCCACGUACAGCAUCCUCAUCGACAACGUCGAGAAGCAGUCCGGCAGCGUCUACGAUGACUGGGACAUCCUUCCUGCCAAGAAGAAGAGGGAUCCUAAUGCCAAGAAGCCAGAGGACUGGGAGGACGAGGAGUUCCUUCCUGACCCCGAGGACAAGAAGCCAGAGGGGUAUGAUGACAUUCCCAAGGAAAUCACUGAACCUGAUGCAACGAAGCCUGAGGACUGGGAUGAUGAGGAAGAUGGUGAAUGGACAGCUCCAACCAUCCCAAACCCGGAGUACAAGGGACCAUGGAUCCAAAAGAAAAUCAAGAACCCUAACUUCAAGGGCAAAUGGAAGGCACCUUUGAUUGACAAUCCAGAGUUCAAGGAUGAUCCUUACAUCUACGCUUUUGACAGCCUGAAGCACAUUGGCAUUGAGCUGUGGCAGGUUAAAUCAGGAACUCUGUUCGACAACAUCCUGAUCACUGAUGACCCCGAGUACGCCAAGAAGUUCGCGGAGGAGACCUGGGGCAAGCACAAGGAUGCUGAGAAGGCUGCCUUUGAUGAGGCCGAGAAGAAGAGGCUUGAGGAGGAAUCUGCAAACGCUAAGACCGAAGACAAUGACGAUGCAGCUGAUGAGGAUGAGGGCAAAGCUGCCGGUGCCAGCGAUGAGGAGAACAAGGAUGCCUCCGGCGAUGAGAAGGUGGAGGAAAUUAGCAAGGAUGCUUCUUCUUCUUCUGACAAGAAGGACGAGCUUUAGAGUGUGGCAGGCAGGCUCUAUAUCUAAACUUUUUCCUCUUGAGGCAGUAGAACUUCCCAUCCAGCAAUUAGAAGAACAUUUUCUCUGAAAGUUGAGAGAAGAAGUAAUGCAAUCUCGGCUCUUGUAA